UGGUCUAAAAUUCCCCGCGAAAAUUACGUCACCGGCAGUUUCGCGCCAGUUCUUCAGCACUUGGACUAACGUAGAAAAGUGGAUAACCCAUCAACAAUGUCUUCCCCCACAUCAACUCCUGGGCGCAAACGUGGAAGAAACACCAACCCAUCUACACCCAGCAGUGAUGUGCCCACAUCACCUCCUUCUCAGAGGCGCAGGGGUCAGGACUCGUCCACCGGGGACCUCAUGCCGAUGCCAACCUCACCGCCCACUGACCUGCUCAGUCCUGCAGCAGUUCAGGACACUUCUCUGCUCUCCAGCCCACGACCAUCGGUUCAACCCAAUGAGGUAGACAUGAGCUCUCCCCUGAUGUAUGGGACGCCGAGCUCCAGGAUUGAAGGGACCCCUCGGAGUGGAGUUCGUGGCACUCCAGCCAGACAGCGCCCUGAUCUGGGAUCAGUGAGGAAAGCUCCACAAGUGGAUCUUCACUCUGAGCCAUCAAACACUGAAGGUGCAGUAGCCAGUGAAUCGAAUGCAGGCCAGAGACUGGUGAUCUGGGGAACUGAUGUCAAUGUGGCAACCUGUAAGGAAAAGUUUCAGAGGUUCCUGCAGAGGUUCAUCGACCCAACAUCCACUGAAGAUGAGAACGCUGGGCUGGACCUGAGUGAGCCAUUAUAUAUGCAGAAGCUGGAGGAGAUCAGUGUUGUUGGGGAUCCAGUGCUCAAUGUGAAUUGCCUACAUGUGCAGGCGUUUGAUGCAGAACUUUACAGGCAGCUCAUUUGCUACCCACAGGAAGUCAUCCCAACCUUCGAUAUGGCCGUCAACGAGCUUUUCUUUGAGCGUUUCCCAGACUCUAUUCUGGAGUUUCAGAUCCAGGUUCGCCCCUACAAUGCCCUGAAAACCAGGAACAUGCGUAGCCUGAACCCUGAAGACAUCGAUCAGCUGAUCACCAUCAGCGGCAUGGUGAUCCGUACUUCACAGCUCAUCCCGGAGAUGCAGGAGGCUUUCUUCCAGUGCCAGGUGUGCGCUUACAGCACCCGUGUGGAGGUGGAUCGUGGACGCAUCGCCGAGCCGGCUGUGUGUCGCCACUGCAACACCACCCACAGUCUGGCACUCAUUCACAAUCGCUCGGUCUUCUCAGACAAACAGAUGAUCAAAAUUCAGGAGUCUCCUGAAGACAUGCCUGCAGGACAGACGCCUCACACAACUAUUGUCUAUGCUCACAAUGACCUGGUUGAUAAGGUGCAGCCGGGAGACCGAAUAAACAUCACUGGCAUCUACAGAGCAGUCCCCAUGCGUGUGAACCCCCGUCAGAGCAACGUGAAGUCAGUUUACAAGACUCACAUCGACGCCAUUCACUUCCGCAAGACGGAUGAGAAGCGUCUUCACGGGUUGGAUGAGGAGACUGAGCAGAAGCUCUUCACUGAAGACAGAGUGCAGACACUGAAGGAGCUGGCGGCGAAGCCAGACGUCUACGAACGCCUGGCCUCUGCCCUCGCACCGAGUAUCUAUGAACAUGAGGACAUCAAAAAGGGCAUCUUGCUGCAGCUGUUUGGCGGCACUCGCAAAGACUUCAGCCAGACUGGCCGCGGUCACUUCCGUGCGGAGGUCAACAUCCUGCUCUGUGGGGACCCCGGUACCAGUAAGUCUCAGCUGCUGCAGUACGUGUACAACCUGGUGCCCCGUGGCCAGUACACGUCAGGAAAAGGCUCCAGCGCCGUGGGUCUCACCGCCUACGUGAUGAAGGACCCGGAGACCAGGCAGCUGGUGCUGCAGACGGGUGCGCUUGUGCUGAGCGACAACGGCAUCUGCUGCAUCGACGAGUUCGACAAGAUGAGCGACAACACCCGCUCUGUGCUGCACGAGGUCAUGGAGCAGCAGACUCUCUCCAUCGCCAAGGCUGGAAUCAUUUGUCAGCUGAACGCCCGCACUGCUGUGCUGGCUGCUGCCAACCCUGUGGAGUCUCAGUGGAACCCCAAAAAGACCACCAUUGAGAACAUCCAGCUGCCGCACACGCUGCUCUCCAGAUUCGACCUGAUUUUCCUGAUGCUGGAUCCCCAGGAUGAGGCGUACGACCGCAGGCUGGCCCACCACCUGGUGUCGUUGUACUACCAGAGUGAGGAGCAGAUGGAGGAAGAGUUCCUGGACAUGACUUUGCUGAAGGACUAUAUUGCAUAUGCACGAACAUACAUCAAUCCAAGACUGAGUGAGGAAGCGAGUCAGGCCCUCAUCGAGGCCUACGUGGACAUGAGGAAGAUAGGCAGCGGUCGAGGCAUGGUGUCCGCCUACCCCCGACAGCUUGAGUCCCUGAUCCGCCUGGCGGAGGCCCACUCUAAGGUGCGCUUCUCUGAGAAGGUGGAGACCAUCGACGUGGAGGAGGCCAAGCGGCUGCACAGAGAGGCGCUCAAGCAGUCGGCCACUGACCCCAGAACUGGAUUUGUUGACAUUUCAAUUCUCACCACAGGUAUGAGUGCCACUGCACGCAAGCGUAAGGAGGAAGUUGCUCAAGCCCUAAAGAAAUUGAUCCAGGCAAAGGGAAAAACGCCCGCCAUGAAAUACCAGCAGCUCCUCGAUGACCUCAGAGGACAGUCAGAAACUGCAAUCACUAAGGAGCUGUUUGAUGAGGCGCUGCGAGCCCUGGCCGAUGAGGAUUACUUAACUGUCACUGGAAAGACCGUUCGUCUGCUGGCCUAAGCCAAACCCUGCAAUUAUGUACAGUACUUAGUUUAAAAUCCUCUCCUGUCUCUUUUCCCAUGCUGCAAAAAAAACAAUUGUGUGAUUAAUCAAUGAUGUCUAUUGGGCGUAUUAGAUGUUUAAUGUCCUGGAUUAAGGUGACAUGAUUUGAGGAUGACUCAACCUAUAGGGAUUCUUUUUCCACGAAAGAAGGAACUUAAACUUCUGGACUGGAAAGAAAUGGAGGAUAUAUUUAAAAGUGCUUGUUUUUCUUUAGUUUGUGGUCUGUUGUAUUAAAAGAAACAAUUUUGUAACUUGUACAUUGUUAUUGCUGCAUUUCUUAUCUGGAUGUUAAAGAAACCUUAAUGUAAUGUUUUGUUUGAGUUCUAAGUGAGUACUUAUCAGAUUGAAAGUCUUUGUUGCUUCAGUCAACUACUUGUUAAUGCACAAAAUAAAAUGUUGCUCACUGAAA